AUGUCCUCCCCUGCGCCCUCUACUCUGCGCCAGCGAGGGAAGGACUUGAAGAAACGGCCUGUUACCCCAUCUACAGACGGCACGGCGGACGAUGAGAUACUAUCAAAGGCUGUACAGGAGGUCAAGAGCGCGGUAAAAUCAGAAUGGGACUACAAGCUUGCGUUGGCGAUCAUCACGGUGCUGGCGUUCGUCACAAGGUUCUACGGCAUAAGCCACCCCAACCAGGUCGUCUUUGACGAGGUUCAUUUUGGCAAGUUUGCCUCAUACUAUCUGCAAAGAACCUACUUCUUCGAUGUCCAUCCGCCCUUCGGCAAGCUUCUUUUCGCCCUCGCCGGCUGGCUGGUGGGGUAUAACGGCGACUUUCUCUUCGACAAUAUCGGCGAUUCAUACAUCACCAACAAUGUGCCCUAUGUCGCAUACCGCUCGCUGCCUGCCCUCCUGGGCUCGCUCACCGUUCCAACUGUGUUCUUGAUCAUGUGGGAGUCUGGAUACUCGUUACCAGCGUGCGUGACGGCUGCCGGGCUCGUGCUGUUCGACAACGCACACAUUGGCCAAACUAGGCUCAUCCUCCUUGACGCCACUUUGAUCUUUUCCAUGGCGCUGAGCGUUCUCUGCUACGUCCGCUUUUACAAGCGUAGGCAUGCGCCUUUCAGUCGGAAAUGGUGGAAGUGGCUCCUUCUUACUGGCGUUUCCCUGAGCUGUGUCAUCUCUACCAAGUACGUUGGUGUCUUCACGUUCUUCUCAAUCGGCGUUCCGGUCUUGAUUGACCUCUGGGAUUUGCUGGACAUCAAUCGCAGACAAGGUGCCCUUUCGAUGCCCGAGUUCGGCAAGCACUUCGCUGCGCGCAUGACGGGACUGGUCAUUGUACCUUUCCUGCUCUAUCUCUUCUGGUUUCAGGUCCAUUUUACCAUCCUUUCGCGCUCUGGGCCCGGAGAUGACUUUAUGAGCCCCGAAUUUCAGGAGACGCUCAGCGACAAUGUCAUGACGAUGCAAUCCGUCGGUAUCGACUACUUCGACUCGAUUAUCAUGCGGCAUAAGGAGACCAAAGUCUAUCUGCACAGCCAUGUGGACAAAUAUCCACUACGGUACGACGAUGGUCGUAUCUCCAGUCAGGGACAGCAGGUUACCGGGUAUCCACACAACGAUACGAACAACCAGUGGCAGAUUCUUCCUGCCAAGCAACUGCCAGCCGCGGAAGGUCAGCACGUCAAGAAUGGUGAUCUUGUCAGGUUCCGGCAUUUGGUAACCGACACCAUUCUGUUGACCCAUGAUGUUGCCUCGCCGUACUAUCCCACCAACCAAGAAUUCACCGCCGUACCUCCAGACGUAGCCAAUGGAGAUCGUUACAAUGAUACCCUGUUCGAAAUUCGCAUCGAGAAUGGCAAGGCUGGUCAAGAGUUUAAAACCAUGGCAUCCCAUUUCAAGCUCGUUCACCAUCCAACCAAAGUCGCCAUGUGGACGCAUACGUCACCUCUCCCCGACUGGGCUUACAAGCAAGCCGAGAUCAACGGCAACAAGAACGUCCAGCAAUCCAGCAACAUCUGGUACGUCGAGGAGAUCCCAUCCCUCCCAGCCGACAGCGACCGCCUGAAGCACGAGGUGCGCAAGACAAAGCAUGUGCCCUUCCUCAAGAAAUACUUCGAGCUGCAAAGAGCAAUGUUCUACCACAACAAUGCCUUGACGAGCAGCCACCCCUACGCCAGCUUCCCCAUCUCCUGGCCCUUCCUGCUCCGCGGCGUGAGCUUCUGGACCGAGAACGACACGCGCCAGCAGAUCUAUUUCCUCGGCAACCCGAUUGGGUGGUGGCUCGCCAGCAGCCUGCUCGCCGUCUUCGCGGGCAUCAUAGGCGCGGAUCAGCUAGCUGUGCGCCGAGGUAUCGAUGCGCUUGAUGACCGCACCCGCUCCCGCCUCUACAACAGCACAGGCUUCUUCUUCCUCACCUGGGCCGCCCACUACGUCCCCUUCUUCAUCAUGGGCCGCCAGCUCUUCCUGCACCACUACCUGCCCGCGCACCUAGCGUCAGCGCUCGUAACGGGCGCGCUGAUCGAGUUCGUCUUCAACGUCGAGCCCGCUACCCUGGACGAGGUGGACGCCAACGACAACGGCAAGGCGAAGAGGAGGGGCUCCGCUGAGAAGCUGGCGUCGGCGGCCCCGUCUGUUCGCAGUCGUCCGGUCAGGGAGAGGCUGGGCUCGCAGAGCUUGUUGCCCAUGUGGGCGGCUACUGUGGUCGUGCUGGCGGUGGUGAUUGGGAGCUUUUUGUACUUUGCGCCGCUGACGUAUGGGAAGCCGGGGUUGAGUAUUGAGCAGGUCAAUGCGCGGAAGUGGCUGAAUUAUGAUUUGCAUUUCGCGAAGUAG